AUGAUCCAUUACGAGCUUUCACGUAAAUUCGGCGACCCGAACGUCACAAAGUUUCAUAACCAAUAUGUCUUUGGAUACCCAUGUCCAGACAGCCAAUAUGAGUGUAGCCCAUACACAGUUUCCUUUGAUCCAGGACGAUACCUCUUUGAAGCCUGGGGAGCGAAAGGCGGUUAUUGGAGUUGGACAGACGGCCCUUCCUUUCCGGGCCUUGGCGGCUACACAUCUGGUGUGCUAACAAUUAGAAGUCCAUUGACUUUAUACCUUUAUGUUGGAUCGACAAAUUAUUUUAAUUCGAUUUUCUAUUAUCGAAACACUAAUUAUGGAUUCAUGUUUGGCGGCGCCUCGUCCGAUGUUCGUCUAUAUGCCAAUGAGUCCUUUGAUUGGUCUAAUCCUCUAUCACUUCGUUCCCGAAUCAUGGUUUCGGGCGGGGGAGGAGGUGCAGAAUGGUCUAAAAGCAUUGGUGGAAACGGAGGCGGUAUUCAGGGAGGUACUGGAUAUACAAAUUGCUUGGUAGAUGGACAGAAUUCAUGUCCUGAAUUAAUAUCCGGAGGAGGAAGUCAAACCUCCGGAGGGACUGCUUCGCCAAGUAAGGGAUUAAUAUCUGGUUUUCGUGGAAUGUUUGGAAUAUCUCCUCUAAAGUAUUCGUCUUCUGAUUUUGGAUCUGUAGGAGGUAAUGGAUAUUAUAGCGGCGCGUCGACUGAUCAUGCAGGCGCUGCAGGUGGUGGAAGUUCUUUCAUAUCGGGAUAUGAAGGUUGUAUUGCAUUGAAAGGUCCCACUGAUGAAACUCCGAGCCCAUCAAAUUCGCCUAUCCAUUACUCCAAAUACUUUUUCACGAAUCCAAUCAUGAUCCAAGAUAAUCAAACCAUGCCUCUUAACUAG